GCGACACCGGAGGGUGGCUAGGCAGGUGUCUCGCCUUAGCUUCUUCCGAGUUAAGCCCUCCUCCCCUGCACGGAGCGAGGCUGACAGGAGAGGAGAGCGUAACAGGGCCACGGAGUGUCCAAAGGGAGCGCAGCCCCUCGCCCCUCCUCGGCUCCCCCUGCAAAGCGGGGCAGGGCCUGCAGCAUGUGGGGAGAGGCGGCAGCGCCCAUGUGACCAGCCUUUCCAUCUUCGCUGCUCGCCCGCCCGCCCCGGUUUCUCCCGCCUAUCUCCUCGCUUCAGCCCAGCCUCCGCCCGCUGCCGAGCCGCGCUAGUAGCGCCAGUCAGGCUCUGCUUCGUAGGCAGUCGCACGGCCACCGCCGCCACCACCGCCAUCGCCGCCGCCGCCGCCUCAGGGACCCGGCACUAUGGCUUCUGGAGUAACCGUGAAUGAUGAAGUUAUCAAGGUUUUCAAUGACAUGAAAGUACGAAAAUCUUCAACGCCAGAAGAGAUUAAAAAAAGAAAGAAAGCUGUUCUCUUCUGUUUAAGUGAUGACAAAAAACAAAUAAUUGUAGAAGAAGCAAAGCAGAUAUUAGUUGGUGACAUUGGUGACACAGUGGAGGACCCUUAUACAUCCUUUGUGAAGCUGUUACCUCUUAAUGAUUGCCGAUAUGCUUUGUAUGAUGCAACUUAUGAAACAAAGGAGUCUAAAAAAGAAGAUCUGGUAUUUAUAUUCUGGGCUCCAGAGAGUGCCCCUUUAAAAAGCAAGAUGAUCUACGCAAGCUCUAAAGAUGCCAUCAAAAAGAAAUUCACAGGUAUUAAACACGAGUGGCAAGUAAAUGGUUUGGAUGAUAUUAAGGAUCGCUCAACAUUGGGAGAGAAACUAGGAGGCAACGUGGUAGUUUCACUUGAAGGAAAACCCUUAUAAAAGGACAGACAAGUGCCAUCUGGAGCUUCCAUUUCUACAGCUCAUUCAAUUGGAAUAGUGUUAGCUCAUUUUGCCCCGCCUUUCCAGAUCCCAGACACCUGAAGAAGAUGUAAUUUAAUUAACAGUCUACAACUGAUCACCAGACUGUUUUUAAACUUGAUAGUUUUAUGUAGAUUCCAAGGAAUGCCUUCCAUCAUAUACUUAGCCAAAACUGGUGAUGCAGGCAUUCCUUGCAAAUGUGUAUAAUGAAUGUGGUAGUUGAUGUGGAUAGUUUAGCCAAGCAAGAAAAGGUUUAAGCUAACUGAUUGCCUUUAAAAUAUUGUCCAAUGGUCAAAUGCUCAACUCUAUUCAGUAUUACUUAACAGUUGCACUUGAUUGCAGUUCCAUGAGGCUCUUGUGCAUUCAUACACCUCACCUGCCUUGACAAGCCUAUUUUUUUUGUUACAUGGCAGCACACAACACUAUGCAUUUAAAGCACUUUUUUUGUAAUAUGUUUGAUUUCUAAACUCCCCUUGCCCCAAAAUGCCAGUUGAGUUCUGUAAUUAUGUCAUCAAGCUGUUGUGGUACCUCAGUCUCCAUUCCUGUUACAUGCAUAUCUUUAUCAUCAAAGUAGCUGUAAUGAUGCCUUUUUGUUUUUCCUUUGAAUGUACACUACUGAACAGGAGUAGGAACUGUCUCUUUACCAUGCAAGUCUUGCAACACUACAGAUGUUUUGUAAAACAUCAGUCAUACGGCAAUUUCUGUAUAAAAAGGAGCCUUAAAUGGAACGCUGUUUUUGAGAGCAAAUAUAUUGGCCACGUUGCAAUAAACUUGUGGCUUAUUACAGAAUGUUGCCUUGUUUUCAUUGAAAAAUAUGGAAUAAAGUAUGUUUUAACAUUUUGCACACUCCUUCCCUCUGGCAGUACUUUUAAAAGAUAUUUACCAGUUGCUUUCCACCUGUAUAAUGAUUUUUUUAAAUUAUUAUUUGUUAUUGUAAGAACGAUUUCAAUAAGGGACCUUCCCCAACCUUUACUUACUUUAUGUUGCCAUUGUUCGGGAGCAAAUAGGCUAGCAACCUCCAGCUAACUUAUAUGUGAAACCUAUAAGGGAAAUUAUUAGCCAGACAGUGCAUUAAUACAGAAUGGUCUUCACAGUUCUAUGUGUUACUUUAGCAUUGUGUGUACCAGUUUUUGUCUGGUCACAGGGCAACUGUUCUUCAAUUAACUUUUGUACUAAUAGGACUGGAAGGCUUUUGCUGCUACUAAGUCUUGCAUCAGGAACAUGACUGGCAAAGAGCCAGACACUGCUCUCCUUAUAGAGAAUUUGAUCUGCUGUGUGCGAGCAGCCCUCCGUUAGCCAGAGCUAUUUAUGGCAAACACAUGCUUUUGUAUCUUGUCAUCAGUUCUCCACAAAUGGCAAAACUGGACAUGAUUCUGCUGGUAUGCAUAAAGGAACUCUGCUAGGCAGCCAAUCACUGUUGAAGUAUACAUACCACUAGGAGGAAUGCUUUCGCAAAAGGAUAAAAAUUGCAAACAGUUAUGAUUUCAUAGAAGAAGGUAGCAGAGAGUAGAAAUAAUGUUUAAUCAAACGUAAACUUGUUUUUAGUCAUAUCUGGGAAGAAAUAAGUAGAUUAUGAGGAAACACAGGACAGUAAAUUGAAUAAUUUUCUAAAUUAUUCUAUAGAACUUUGAUUAUUUGAAGACUUCACCUGUCUCUGGCUUAUUAGAAGUGAAGUAUAUAAUUAGGAAUACUCUCUGAACUCUGUUGAACCUAGGGCAUGCAAACUGUUAGUGUUAACUGUUCAUAGCAGGAAAAGGGAUACCGUAAAGUUGUUUAGAAAACAUUCUUCUUUAUAUUAUUGGAAAGUAUGUGCCCCACAUCUUGUUACAGAUAUUCUUCCAUGUGUACCUACAAAAGCCUAGCUAGGGUAAAAAUUUCUUUCUUGAUCAAUUCUGUUAUGUAGAACUGCACUGAUUCCCUUCUAAAUUAGAAGGUACUGAAAGAGUACUUUGUUGGAGAAACCCCAGAUGCUUUAAAAUGAAUGUUAAAACUUUUUGAAAAUCUGUACAGGCCAGUGUUUAUCCCAUCUGCAGUGUAAAGCACUGUUUUUCAGUUCAUGUCAUCCUGUGCUAGUGUUAUUAUUGGUGUUUGCAGUGUUGAACAGAUACAUGAAGUUUAAGACCCAAGAAUACAUUUACUUAAAAUCAAACAUAAAUAUUACAAAUAUGCCUCCAGUCAAAAUUCCACAUGGAGUUUUGUAAAAUCAAAGCUUACUUGUAUUGACAAAGUACAGAACUUUGUGCAUAGUAUUAAAAAAAUUAAAACUUGUUUGCUGUUGAAGGAAUAUUGACAAAAGUCCUGUUCAGUGCUUUUGGAAAUGCUGCUACAAAACUCAUAUUGCUCAGACAAUAAAACAAAUGAGAGACAGCUGGCAUGUGUUCCAAACAGGCUGUCAGCUGUUGUUUUCUGUCAUGCAAAACGAUGAAGCCCUCAUUGUGACUUCAAGGUUGAAAGCAAGCUUCACAGUGUGAGCAUCUUGUAUGUCUCCCAUCAUAGAUGGGAAAUCAGGCGUCUGCUUCAGUUAUUUUAUUGAUGAAAAAUUUAUUAAUAAAGGUUUUCAUGACAGUACUGAAA